CGGGAGGGCAGCGCGCCCCUGGGCCGUGGCGGGACCCGCGUCUGCGACUCCUGGAGCCCGAGGCCGGCCAACACGCUGGUGCACCCUGCAGAGCCCCUCCAUUCUGACAAGACGGCGCCCCCACUGCCCACCAUGCAGCCGCAGUCGGUCCUGCACAGCGGCUACUUCCACCCCCUGCUUCGCACCUGGCAGACGACCGCCACCUCCCUCCAAGCCUCCAACCUCAUCUACCCCAUCUUCGUCACGGAUAUGCCUGAGGACAUCCAGCCCAUCGCCAGCCUCCCUGGAGUGGCCAGGUAUGGUGUGAACCGCCUGGAAGAGAUGCUCCGGCCACUGGUGGAAGAGGGUCUGCGCUGCGUGCUCAUCUUCGGGGUCCCCAGCCGAGUGCCCAAGGACGAGCGGGGCUCCGCGGCUGACUCCGAGGACUCCCCGGCCAUUGAGGCCAUCCGGCUGCUGCGCAAGACCUUCCCCAGCCUGCUGGUGGCCUGUGACGUCUGCCUGUGUCCCUACACCUCCCACGGGCACUGUGGGCUCCUGAGCGAGAAGGGGGCCUUCCAGGCCGAGGAGAGCCGCCAGCGGCUGGCAGAGGUGGCGCUGGCCUAUGCCAAGGCAGGAUGCCACGUGGUGGCCCCGUCGGACAUGAUGGACGGACGCGUGGGAGCCAUCAAGGAAGCGCUCAUGGCCCAUGGACUCGGCAACAGGGUCUCCGUGAUGAGCUACAGCGCCAAGUUUGCUUCCUGUUUCUACGGCCCCUUCCGGGACGCAGCUCAGUCCAGCCCGGCCUUCGGAGACCGUCGCUGUUACCAGCUGCCGCCUGGCGCCCGGGGCCUGGCCCUCCGCGCUGUGGACCGGGAUGUGCGGGAGGGAGCCGACAUGCUCAUGGUGAAGCCGGGAAUGCCCUACCUGGACAUCGUGCGGGAGGUCAAGGACAAGCACCCGGAGCUUCCGCUGGCUGUAUACCACGUGUCGGGGGAGUUUGCCAUGCUGUGGCAUGGAGCCCAGGCUGGGGCAUUUGAUCUCAAGGCCGCCGUCUUGGAGGCUAUGACCGCAUUCCGCAGAGCAGGGGCUGACAUCAUCAUCACCUACUAUACACCCCAGCUGCUGCAGUGGCUGAAGGAGUGAGUGACGGGGAGCGAGCCUGCCCCAGGAGCCAGGGCCUUCCCGUGCAGGCGUGAAAACCAAAGGGAACGCUGCUUUUAGGACUGCCCUCCAGCCUGCGCCCUGCUCCCAUGCUGCCAGGGGCCCAGUUCCGGGUGCCUCUGCAACCUGCCACAGCCUGACCACUCACGGCCACCUCCUCACGAACUCUCUCAUGCUGUCCAGCCCAGCCUUGGCCCGGGCUUGUGUCUCUGGUGUGGCUGACUGCAGCUUGCAGAGAGGCAGCGAGCCAGGGCCGGGGGCGGGCUGGGUGGGGCUGGGAGAGGGUGCCUGGAGAGAAGGGAAGGAGAGCCGUCAGCCACUGCAUCUCGGAUCCCACCAGGAAGCCUCAGCCCCCGUCCUGCAGCAGAGCCGGGUGCUAGGAUGAACAUCUGCUUCAGCAUUGAGAUUGGCGGCCAGUCCACGGAAGACGAUGCCCCCCUCCUUGUCCCCAUGAGUGCCCAGCUGCCCAAGACCUCAUGCUUGCUCCACUCUGAGCCAUAAACCCAAAGAACUGCUCUUUGCUGAGCAGAAACAUGACCUGAGGAACGGCAUUCAGGAGCCGAAAGAGUUCCUGACUGUCGGGACUAGUGCACCAAAAAGGCUUUUUCGUGAAGAGAAAUGUUGGGGGAACACCUGCUGCGUGCACAGGCAUGGAGCAUAUUCCCAGGAAUGUAGCAACCGUGACAGACCUCCAUUCAUUUGUCUCUCUGCGUGUGUAUGCAUGCGUGCGUGUGUGUGUGUAUGUGUGUGUGUGUGUGUGUUUGGGGAGGGGCG